AAAAUUUGAAAAAUCUACAUCUCUGUCGCUACUCGCGAGUAACGAACUAUCUGUCUGCAAGGAAGUAUAUAUUCCGAAUUCCGAUCACGCUAUAUACACGUCCGCUUAACGUCCGUCAAUUCCGCCGAGAAUUCAUCCCUUUUAUUCACCUCUCGGCCGUCCGGCACCGUCCAAAUCGACUGCUCUCUCGCCUCCAUUGACCAUUCCAAAGCUUCCUCUAUACACAUCCAUCCCCAUUUUACCCCUCUCCGCUCUUCUCCUCCCAGCUCCUCUCUCCCUCCUCCGUGCCCACUCAUGGCGGAGGAGUUCGUGAACGCCGUGGAGGACGGCCUGCGGCUUUCCAAGCGGGUUUACUUCGGCAAGGACCGGGCCGUCGCGCCUCCCAAGCCGAUAUCCCCCAUGGAGAAGGCGGCUGGCUCGUAUCUCCCUUCGGCUCCCAUGCUCUACGCCAUGAUUGAGAAUCCUGCCAUCGUCGACAACCCUGAUAUUCCCAGCUACCAGCCUCACGUCGGCGGCAGGUGCGAUCCUCCGGCUCUGAUUCCCCUCCAGAUGAACGGCGUUUCCCUAAGCGUCGAGUGCUACCUCGACACGGCCUUCGUUACCGUCACUGGCUCGUGGCGUGUGCAUUGCGUCAUGGGGAGUCGGACCUGCGAUUGUUGUAUUGCUGUUCCGAUGGGAGAACAGGGUUCAAUUCUAGGUGUCGAGGUUGAAUUACCCAAGGACAUUUAUUGUACUGAAAUUGUUGCCUGGGAGGAUCAAAGAGAAAUGAGCAUGACCACAAAGGUUAGCAAUGGGUGCUACUUGAAGCCAAACAUUUUUACUGUCAAAAUUCCACAGAUUAAUGGAGGGACGAAUAUUUUAGUCACCAUGAGAUGGUCUCAGAAGUUACUCUACCACGAUGGGCAAUUCUCCCUGAACGUCCCAUUCAGUUUCCCAGAGUAUGUGACUCCUGCUGGAAAGAAAAUCUCAAAAAAGGAAAAAAUAAAUUUGAAUGUACACUCGUUUCCUGGAUCAGAAGUUUUGUGUAAGACAGCUAGUCAUGCUAUGAAGGAACUACGGCGACAAGCUGGGAAGCUGACCUUCUUGUAUGAAGCAGAAGUUCUCAAUUGGUCCAGUCACGAUUUUGUCUUUUCCUAUGUGGUGUCGUCAGGCCAAACCUUUGGAAAUGUGAUUUUGCAAUCCCCAGGAGUACUUGAUGUUGACCAGAGAGAUAUGUUCUGCUGCUAUCUUUUUCCUGGGAACAAGCAGAACACAAAGGCAUUCACAAAGGAACUGGUAUUUGUUGUUGAUAUUAGUGGCAGCAUGAAGGGGAAACCUCUAGAGGAUACAAAAAACGCUCUCUUCUUAGCACUUUCAAAGCUUGACCCUCAGGAUUCAUUUAACAUCAUUGCAUUUAAUGGUGGAACAUAUCUAUUUUCACAAUGUCUUGAGUUGGCAACAAAGGAAUCUGUUGAAAGUGCAAACCACUGGAUAAAUACAAAUUUUGUUGCUGGUGGAGAAACAAACAUUUUGAAUCCAUUAAAUCAGGCCAUUAAGAUGUUUUCUGACACAAGCAAAUCAAUUCCUAUUAUUUUUCUUAUCACUGAUGGUGCUGUGGACGAUGAAAAACACAUCUGUGAUGUAAUGAAGACUCAUCUUACAAAAAAAUGGCAAGUUUCACCACGGUUGUAUACGUUUGGCAUCGGACGCUUCUGUAACCAUUAUUUUCUCUGCAUGCUUGCAAUGUUGGGUCGUGGUUUUUAUGAUGCAGCUCGUGAUGUUGAUUCAAUUGAGGCUCGAGUGGAAAGUCUGUUUGCCAGAGCAUCAUCCAUCAUUCUUGCAAAUAUUACCAUUGACUUUGAAAGUCUUGAUCUCAAGGAGAUUGAGGUAUAUCCAUCUCAAAUUCCAGAUCUUUCUUCAGAAAGUCCAUUGGUUCUUUCAGGUCGAUACCGCGGAGCAUUUCCUGAUAACAUUAAGGUUACAGGUUCCCUUGCAGAUAUGAGCAAUUUAUCUGUCAACCUAAAGUCACAGGAGACAAAGGACAUGCCUAUAGAUAAGGUAUUAGCACAACAGCAAAUCAUGAUGCUCACAGCACAGGCAUGGUUUACUAGCACCAAAGAGCUUGAGGAGAAGAUUGCAAAAAUGAGUAUGCAACACUCUGUUGUUUCCGAGUAUACGUGCAUGGCACUGGUAAGGACUGAGAAAAUAAAUGGAACUCCAGAUCCAAGUAAGACAAAGAAGGGCAGUAGUGAUAAACAGAAAAUGGCAGAUCCAAUAUCAUCGCAAAAGAGAGCAAUGCUCCACAAUCUCGGCCUUGGCUUCGGAAACCACACAGCGACUGCUGAAAAUAUUCCCCCAGGUGCCAUUGAGGCAAAACCAGACGCAGCUGAGGUUUUUGUUAAGGCGGCAUCUAACUGUUGCGGAAAGAUGUGUCAAAAGUGCUGCUGCAUGUGUUGUAUCCAAGCAUGCUCCAGGAUCAACGAUCAGUGUGCAGUUGUGUUGACUCAGCUUCUCGGUUCUUUGGCUUGCCUUGGUUGCUUCUGCUGCUGUGAUCUCUGCUGCUCCGGAGACGAUGGAUAAGAGCGUCUGAUCAUCUGUUCUGUUGUUUGUUGUUGUAUAUCAAACGUGUGUUUGUAUGACAUAAACUGGAUUGUUGUCAAUAUUAUCCACGAUUUGGGAUGUGUGUAGUGGUUGAGUGGAAUGUGUAUUUAUCUAUCAAAAGAAAUGCUUGUUUACCAUUUCUUCAGCUGAGCAUCUCUUAGCAUAGGGCUGUGUGAAUAACCGUCACGCCAAUAGCUAUCUGCCUUACUGCCUAUCUGUAUGGACAUGAACAAAUGCAGAUCUGAAUGAGCUAGUCUGCUGGUAUUGCUUACGCUUGAACAAAUGUUUAAGACUAAUCUGGAAUUCCGGAUUGUGAUUCUGAUUCUAAA